UUGGGGUUGACGUGUGUUUUACUUGUUUCGGCAGUCAACACACCUGGUGUUUGUGUAAAAGAGUUUUCAGAUUAAUAAAUAAACAUAAUAAUAUAAAUUAAAAAGAAUAUCCUGCAGCCAUGGAUGCGGACUGGGAAGAAAUCAGGCGUCUGGCCGCAGAUUUUCAAAGAGCACAGUUUGCAGACACUGUGCAGCGGUUAUCAGAACGAAACUGCAUAGAAAUAGUUGCAAAGCUUAUUGCGGAAAAGCAGAUAGACGUGGUACACACUCUGGAUGGUAAAGAGUACGUCACUCCAUCACAGAUCAGCAGGGAGAUCCGUGAUGAGCUUUAUGUACAUGGAGGUCGGGUAAAUAUUGUGGAUCUACAGCAGAUUACAAAUGUGGAUCUAGUUCAUGUUGAAAGCAGAGCCAGUGACAUAGCCAAGUCGGACAAAAGUAUCCAGCUGGUCCUUGGGCAAUUAAUAGACGAAAACUACCUGGACAAGCUAGCGGAAGAGGUGAAUGACAGACUGCAGGAAGCAGGCCAGGUGACUAUUGCAGAGCUCUGCAAGUCUUACGACCUCCCUGGAGAUUUCUUGACAGAGGCACUGUCUGAGCGUCUUGGCAGAAUCAUCCAUGGCCAGAUGGAUCAGUAUAAUAGAGGAGUUAUCUUCACUCAGGCAUUUGUCUCUCGUCACAGAGCUCGGAUACGUGGGCUUUUCAGUGCAAUUACAAGACCAACCCCAGUGAGUAACCUCAUUACACAGUAUGGAUUUCAGGAACACCUAUUAUACUCGGUUCUGGAAGAUUUUGUUAACAGUGGACGUCUUAAGGGAUCUGUGGUUGGGGGCAGACAGGACAAGGCUGUCUACAUCCCUGACAUCUAUUCAAAGACACAAAACAACUGGAUUGAUGCUUUCUUAAAGCAGAACGGUUAUUUAGAAUUUGAUGCACUAACUAGGUUAGGAAUUCCUGACCCCACAAGUUACAUAAAGAAAAGGUACAAAUCAAGCAAACUAUUAUUUCUGAGGGCUGCUUGUGUUGGCCAGAGCAUUGUGGAUCAGGUGGAGGCUUCUGUGGAGGAAGCAGUGAAUUCAGGAACAUGGACAGAUGUGCAGUCUAUGUUGCCCAGCUGUCUUUCUUUGGAGGAUACAGGAAUUUUGCUCAAUCAAGUUAUGAGAACAUCAAACAUACAGUGCUCUGCCCGGAUUUUCAGUGACACCAUUGUCGUCAGCGAGAAGUUCAUUAGCGGCUGUACUUCCCUUUUUGACCCAUUAAUGCAUGAAAAGGCUGAAAAGGAAAUAAAGAACAAUCCAGUGUUUUUGAUCUCUGAAGAUGACCUUAAGCAGGCCUCUGUUGUAGUAGAAAAUACUGCAUUUUCUAAAAAGGAUAAGAGGGACGAAAGAAAGAAGAAGGCAUCAGUAAAUUUUUUGACAGAGGGUAGUGGAAGUGUAAAAGGCGGUGGUGGGGGUAAUGCCAGAGAGAUCCGAAUCAGGAAAACCAAAAAGAAGGGGAGAAAAGAUGACGACAGCGAUGAAGAGACAACUACCACCACUCAAAGUCGCAGUAAACAACAGGAAGUACCAUUUAUGACUCAGGGAAACAUUGAAGAAGUGCUACAGAAGCAUGUCCAAGACUGCCCUGAGGAGAUGCUAUCUGAACUCGCAGAGCACUUGAUUAGGCCGCUGACUAAAAUGUACCAGGAGGUGGUUCGGUCGGUCUUCAUGUCCUCCACCAGCUCCAGUACUGGGGCUAGCAGGAAACAGACUGUGAAAGACCUACAGGAGGAGAUCACUAACCUCUUCAACAACAUCAGGCUUUUCGAGAAAGGAACAAAACUUUUCUCAGAUGAAACACAAGCUAACAUUGCAAAGCAUGUGCUGAAGACAGUGUGCACAGAUAUAACCAACCUGCUCUUCAAUUUCCUGGCUGCAGAGUUAAUGAUGGCUGUAGAAAACUACAGUUCCAUAACAAAUGAGGUCAGACUAAAAAUUUUAGGAAAGUUGCCGGAGGAAACUAAAGGUCCUCUAACAAAGCUUCAUAAUUCUCUCAAUGCAAAAAGUAUAGAAGAUUUUUUAACCAAUUUGGAUUCUGUGGCAGAGGUUUGCGGAAUUUUGCUGAAGAAAGGAGACAAAAAGAGAGAGAGACAAGCUCUCUUUCAGCAUCGACAGGCUUUAGUCGAGCAGUUAAAGGUGACUGAGGAUCCUGCCCUAGUUCUGCACCUGACCAGCGUUCUCUUGUUCCAGUUCUCUACAAAUUGCAUGCUUCAUGCACCAGGGCGGUGUGUGCCUCAAAUCAUUGCAACCCUGAGUACCAGGAUCCCAGAGGAUCAGCACAAGCUUCUAUCAAAGUAUCAAGGUCUUGUUGUGAAGCAACUCAUGGGCCAGAACCAGAAGGCCAGCCAGGUGGGGGCGGACUCUGAGGAGAAGCAGGCUGAGGAAGAUGCAUCAGAUGCAGUUCGGAAAGAGCUGCUCUCACUGACCUCAGAAGUGAAGGACCUUGUCCUGAGACCAAGGAAAACAUCGUUAACUGAGGAGUGAACUGGUUCCAUAUUUAAAAUAUAAAUUAAUAAAUCUGUACAUUUCAUUUAAAAGAUUAUGCUGUGGCUUGGUUAACAUUCUCUGUGCAGUUUGGGGAACUAAUAACAUGAUUACCAACAAAUUGCAUAAAAAAAACGUGAUUAUCUUCUGCCACAUUGAUUAAUGCCCUCUCUGGUAUCUACUGUACUGUACGUUACAUAUUUAAAAGUUUCAUAUUGUUUUACAAUUUUACAGUAAACACCCCCAGGUCAGUUGGUUAUAAUAGUGGUAGUAUCACUUUUGUGUUUCUGGUAUAUACCAGUGGCAUACAUUGUAAAACAUUAUAAAGCUUUACUUAAGAUGGUAUUCUAUUUAAAUUCAUUUAAAAAAAAUUGACCAUCCAGACUUUAGCGUUGUUUUUCUUAACCCAUAUUGCAACUAACAUUGUUUUUGGAACUUUUCCGUAACCUAGUAAACAUAUUUGAGCUUCA